AUGCCUAGAGACGAUUUAUCCAUCGACUUCGUCCGGAAGAUGCCGCCGGUCGAGGCGGCCGAUCCGGCACUCGUCCUCGACGAGUAUUUCAACAGAACCCAAAACUUCCCCGAGGAGCUGCGCUUCGUGCAGGAGGAGAUCGCAGAAAAGGACCGUCAAUAUAAGGAGUUGAUACAGGAGAUCGAGGACCGAGAUGGGCGAAUACAGAAGUGGAUCAAGGCUCAUGGUAGUCAUCACGCGAACCCUAAAGAGGAGGAAUACAGGACAACCAUAAGGAAGAACUAUGCGCAGGCAGAGCAGCUCUCGAACGAAAAGAUCGCCCUGACACAGAAACUGCUGCACAAUAUGGACAAGCACACCCGCCAGCUCGACAUGCAGAUAAAGAUGCUAUACGACCGUGGCGAACCCGGCUUUACCAACCCCGACGAACUUCCCUCUCUCAUACGCUCGAGCGCCGCGAACGUGACUAACGGAACGGGCGGCCCCCGAGGCACUAAUGGUGUGAAUCCCGCCACCUCAACGCUCAACAACCUAGCAAGUAGCGCGCAGGUUCGGGCAGCCAACGCCCAGGUGCGGCACGCCCAAACACAACAACACGGUUCGGCCUCCGCGCCAGCCACCCCGGCAGCGAGCAUGAUCAUGAACCGCCAGGCGCGCGAGAGCUCGGCCGGCCCCGCCACCAAGCGCAUGCCCCGCUCAAACAGCGGCUUGGGCACCCUCCCCGCGACCUCCAGCGGGCUCGCCCGCCACUCCUCCCUCGGCCCGGGGACACCCAAGGGCCACCAGACAGCCACCGGCGUCCAGCGCGCCGGUAGCGCCGGACCGCGCGCCACAUCCAAGGGCUCCCUCGCCGGCGGGUCCCGCAAGGCCGGCACCCCCUCCAGCACAUCCGGCCGCAAGAAGGGCACCCCGGCCGCGGGCGGCGCCAUCAGCAAAUCCGGCCUAUCCCGCGUCAAGCGCGCAGCCAAGAACUCCCCCUCCUCGGCCGCCGAAAGCGAGCUCUCGGACGCCGAUUCCGCCAGCGACUCAGCCAGCGACACACGCACGGGCGGGCGCGGCACGCCAGCGGCCUCCUUCUCGCGCUCAACCUCCAACCAAGCCGCGAUGCCCACACCCUCGGGAAUACGCGAAGCCAGCAACCCACACCGACGCACCCCCUCCGGCGCCAGCGCAGCCGCCAGCCACCCACACCACGGCGGCGGCGGCGGGGAGCGACAGCAGCACGGCACGCGGCCCAGCCCGCACCCCCGCGGCGGCGGCGGCAGCGGCGGCAACCACGCGCUGCUCCGGGACGAGGACGACCUGAUGGACGUGGACGACGACGAGGCGGGCGACGACCGCAAGUACUGCUCGUGCCAGAACGUCAGCUUCGGCAACAUGGUGGCGUGCGACAACGACCAGUGCCCCUACGAGUGGUUCCACUGGGGCUGCGUGGGGCUCAAGAGCGAGCCCAACGGCACGUGGUACUGCCCCGAGUGCAGCGAGAAGCUGCGGAAGCGGUAG